CGAAACUCCCGCUAGGCCGAGGCUAUUGACAAGUAACAAGGGGCAAUUUCCACUCCAUAGGAUGCUUCCCCUCAGUAUGCUAUGAAGGCUCCUGAUACUUGCUUGCUACAUGUAGCAGAUGCUUGCUAUGAACCACCAAGAGGGGGCACAUGGAUGUUUCUCUUGGCUGAAAUAAUAAGAUAGAGUACUAUAUAUAUAUGCUCUGGAUGUCUUUAACCCCUGCGGCCCAGCACUCCCAAGAUUUUUCCUCUUGAAUCAAACCACAACAACUAUAUAAUCCAAUCCAAUCCAAUCCAACACAACCAUGCCAUAUUCUCUCAAGGGAAGAAAUGUCCUUAUUACUGGAGGCUCAAGAGGCCUGGGAGCUCUGGUGGCAGAGAAAUUCGCAGCGGAAGGCUCCAAUAUCGCCCUGAAUUAUGUAUCAAACGAAGCUCGCGCGAAGGAAACUGCUGAGAAGCUGGAGAAAGAAUUCAAUGCCAAAGUCAUUCUCGUCCAAGCAGAUGUUGGUAUACAGGCAGAUUGCAUCAAGCUCGUCAAGCAAACGAUUGAGCAGUUGGGAGGCCUAGAUAUCGUGAUCUCUAACGCUGGGUGGACGAAAAUGUCCCAAUUCGACGAUCUGAAUGCAUUGAAUGAAGAUGAAUGGGACAAGUGCUGGGCAACUAAUGUCAAAGCAAAUCUUCACAUCUUCCGAGAGGCGGAACCGACGUUUAGCGCUAACCCCGAAGGCGGGGUGUUUAUCAUAACUUCUUCCACAGCGGGCAUUACUCCAGGAGGGAGUAGCAUGGCAUACUCCGUCUCCAAGGCAGCAGGGUUGCAUUUGAUGAAAGCGCUCGCUUCAUCUCAGGGGCCCAAGAUCCGAACUAAUGCUGUCCUCCCAGGGCUUCUCCUCACCGAAUGGGGCGAGAGAUUCCCCAAGGAAGCCAUCCAGGACUAUAUAGAUAAGGUUGCUUUAAAGCACGUUCCUGAGCUUGAUGACUGCGCUGAUAUAUUCAUCACAAUUGCCAAAAACACCUCUAUGACUGGGCAACAGAUUCAAGUUGAUUCCGGGUACUAUUUCCGGUAAUUCAUGUGCUGCUGGGAAGAAAUACCUGGGUGAUCCAUGUCGAUUGCACUAAAAGGAGGGCAAAUGAAAUGGGAGAUGGUUUAAAUAUAACUGCGUAAGCCGCCAUGUUUAUGGUAGGCAAACAGAUAGACAGAUCGUAGUACAAUAAUAUAAAGUAUACAUACACCUAUUGUACACCCAACCCCUGCGUAACUCGAAGGAAUUCAAUGCAUAGAUUCCAACGAAUAAAUGAUUCCUAGUUGUGUUGUGUGCCUUUCC